CUGGUGCGGGCCUGUCCCGCUGGGCCGUGCCGGGAGCGUUGCGGGGGCACCGGCCCGGGGAGGGGAUCGGAGAGCGGCUCCACGGCCCCUGUGUCCGCGCCGGGCCAGCGGGAAGGGCCGGAACGAAAGUUUCGCGGAACCUGCGUGGCUUGCUCGCGCUUUCCGUAGCGGCUGGUCCAGGACUGGGUUCCGGUUCCGGGUGGUGGCCGCGUCCUGAGCAGGGUCGCGGAGCGGGCAGGUAUGGGACACGGAGGUGACCACGGCCACGGGCACGGCCAUGACAAAGUGGAGCUGCCCGACUACAGGCAGUGGAAGGUGGAGGGGACUCCCCUCGAGGAGGUGCAGAGGAGGCUGGCAAAGAGGGGGCUGAGGGACCCCUGGGCUCGUAAUGAAGCAUGGAGGUACCAGGGUGGCUUUGCAAGACCUAUCACCGUAACAGAAAUCUUUACCAGGGGAUUCAAGUGGGGGGCUGCAGCUUUUGUCAUAGCUCUAGCCAUUGAAUAUUCACUGUUUCCUCCAAAGAAGAAUGGAGGCCACCACUGAAGAUCAAAUAUGACAACUUAAUACUUAUUAAUCAUAAGCUGAAGCAUACAUAAGCCUGCUGCUCACUCUGUACUUAUAAUAUGCAUAUUAAAGUCUAUCACAGGCAAACCAGUGUUUCUUUGAUCUUAUUAUACUCCUGCAGAAGGAUCAAAAAACAUGGCCAGAGCAAUUUAACUGGCUUCGAUCUGGGGGGAAAAAACCAACCCAAGAUGGCUCUUGGGUUUGCUCUACUGUCCUUUAAAGAGCAAGGUAAGCUAUCACACCGGCUCUUUCCAAGCCCUGCCUUGAUUCUGUUAAAUGAAAUUGAGAAGUUUGUUGGUUUUAAGAGAAAAUUUGUACCAUAUUUAUUACAGGUUUAAUAACUAUUAUUUCCCAGUAAGCAGUAAUGAAUGACUUGUAAUUUCUUAGAAGUGUUGGUUAGUAUUUGCUCUUAUGUCUCCAAAUAA